CCCGGGGUGCCCAGCCCGAGCGGGUCCGAGCCCUUCGGGCGGCCCCGGCCCGGGUGACGUAUGGAAAGCGAAACUCGCCGGCUCUCCAGCGACGCCCACUCGCAGAAACAGAAACUUUGCCGGGUCCCCGGGCAGCGGCAGCCAGCGCGGAGCUCAGGUGGCAUAAAACUUUUCCCUGAGGCAUCAGUGUGCGGGUAUGAAGUGCCCUAAAUGUGACUACAUUUCUCAAGAUGCUUCUCCCAACUUCUGCAGCAGCUGUGGAUUCAGGCUGGUCCCCCACAUCAGCACACAGAGUAAGGAAAAAGUUGUAGGAAGUGGAGAUGUAAAGCCAGCUCCAGUCCCUGAAUGGGAAGUGGAGAGUGGGCGAGAACUGAAGGUAGAGGGCACCUUCUCAGUGCCAGCUGCUGAUGGACAACCACUGGCCAAAGAAACACAGGGAAAGCCAGGAGAGCUGCUGUCACAGAGCUUGGGGACUCAAAGCGGUGUCUCAAAGAAGAAAAAAAAGAGAAAGAGGAAUAAGAGUAAGAAGAAUCCUUCUGACUCUGGGAUGCAGGACUCUUUGACCUCUGUAAGUUCAGCACCUUGUAGUCUGGACUCUCCUUUGAGCUCAGAAUUGGCUGAUGCAAAAAAUCCAGCACAAGAAAGCCAAAUUCAAGAGAAUGAAGUGGCCAAAGCAGAGGCUGAGUCAUCUCCCUGUAACAACGAAAGUCAGAUUAAAAGUGACCAUUCCUUAUGCCCCUUGGGAAGUGAGGGUCAAAGUCCAGAGACGAUUGUGGAAGACAAUCCCAGCAGCAGUGACACCAGGCACCAGUCAGUGCAGAAUGGUACCAAUGAUGAGCUUGCUCAGCCUGCAGGCUCCAGAGCUGCAGAAGAGAAGAUGAAAGAUGAAAGUUCCCCAAGUGAUGGACAGAUGGCCAGAGAAAAUAAGGGUUCCGACAAGAAGGAAAGUGAGAGCAGCCCCACUGAAGUUGACCAGCCUUCAGAAAAUAGAUCAGAUACCCAGACAUCAGAGGGAGACAGCGAUGCACUGGCUUCCAAAGAGGGAGAGAGUGUAUCCCUAGGGUUUUGCUCCAAUAUGGAAGCACCUGCGAGUAAGGAUUCAAAUUCUGAUGCAGACCAUCAGAGUCAGAAGAAGAAAGUCUCCUUUCCUGAAGCUGAAACAACACAGAGCAGGAAAGUCGAACAAGAGAGCAAGCAGCAAGCAAGUGCUCCAGUUUCAAAGAACAUGGAAGUGGUAACCAAAGGAAUCCCAAGAAAAGGGACACCCAAAGAAAUGGAAAAGAAGACAAAUCAAACCAAGGCGAUUGAAGCUCCUAAAACAGAUUAUGCAGCAGCUGUUUCAGGCAAUAAUAAGAAGGACAAGAAGCAGCAGAAAAAUCAGGAAGCAAAUGCAAAUAGAAUUAAGCCAAGUCAGAUGAAUCUUGGAGAGGGUGUCACAGUGUAUUUCCAUGCAAUAUUGUCUAAAGACUUUAAGCUAGAUCCUAAUCAGCAUAAAGUGUUCAUCAGGGCACAAGGCAUUUCAGAAUAUUGGAAUUGGAAGGAUAACAUCUGUGAAUUGACCUGCACAAAGGACCUGGGAGAGCAUGGACUCCUCAUUGAGGGUUGGGUGACUAUUUCCAAGGACAACAUGAAUAAACGAUUUCCCUACAAAUAUUUUAUUUCACGUGGCAAGAACGGAGAAUAUGAAUUAAUUUACAAACCUUGCCCAGAAGGAGUGUUUGUGAAUCGCUGUUUAUUCAUACCAUCUAAUUGUCUCAGCUCGGGAGAUUGGCACCAGUAUGAUGAUAUAGUAUGUACUAGACCCCCUGAUGGUUUGGUGAGACGCUUUAAGAGUUUGGUUGGAUGGGAUGAUAGGAAGAAAAGUGUUGAGAGAGGGAAGCAGAUAGCAGCAGAAAUUAUGCUAGAGACCAUCUUCAGCAUCCUCACCACAUGGACCGACAUCAACAUGAAGAACUUUCUCAACCAGUUGCAUCAGUUUUACACAGUGACUAAGAAGCCAAUGGUGUAUGAGAACGAGCCGAGGGAAUGGACAUUGCUAGAGUUUGGAGAAAAGCAGGUGAAGGAGUUACUGGUGAACUACUUGAGAAAAGUAGCUCAGCCAUUUCUUGACCAGAACAGUGCUAUCGCUCCACCCAAGGAUGUGAUAGUAAAGAGCCGGUUGGGGCUGGGGCUGAUCAGUGUUAUCCUGGGUGAACACUAUGCACUUCCAACAUGCAAAGAGGACCUGAGUCGGGUAUGCAGCCUCCUGUGUUUGGAGCAGAAGCCACAAGACGUCCUACUCCAUGAAAUGAAUCAUAACAAGGAAGUGUUUUCAGUGGUUCCGUGUGUGCAUCAGUCAGCAAGCAUGAAACUGUACUUGAGCCACUUGUGCCAGAGAUGCAUCGAUGAGCAAGUGGACGAGUGGGUGUGUAUCCUCCCCGUUCUGCACUUGUUCACUGCUGCCUUUCACCUUGAUGAAGGCAUGAGGGUGGAGAGUCACCUUGAAUCUGAAGAGAUCUGGGCAGGACUGGAAGGUUUUCCAUUCAUUGAGUUCAGGAAGAAACAGGAGGAGUCUUAUAAGAACAGGGCCGUACUGCAGCUGAUGAAAGGAAAGAAGCAUUUGAUGGAAGUAGACACAACACUGGUCAGGUCAUGGAUCAGCUUGCUGCCUCUGGGGGACUUGGCAGAAUUUUUGACUGAUUUAUCUGUUGAGCUGUUGGACUGUCUUCUAGGAAUUUAUCACAGGUUGCAGAGCACUAGGAUUUCAUGGCGCAGUAUGGAGAUGAUAGAGAAACUUUUAGAAACGCCAUUGCAUGUCCUGGAUCGUAACCAGCACAGGAUGCUGCAAGUGAACUCUUGGAAAUCCUGCUUGCAUAUCUGCCUAAAACUUUAUCAGAUGAUUUGCCUAAAAAUGAAAGAGUUAAAAUAUUACAAGUUACCUGCUACUAAUGCUGAGAUCAUUUCAAGGAUUGCCAGAUUAGAACCUUUGGAUGAUUCAAGAGAUGAAACCAUGCAGAAGACUCCAGUGGUAGAAGUGUUCCAAAGAGCUCUGGCGGCCACCAGAAGCUGGUUUCGAGAGGUGUUAAAGCAGUAUUUACUGCAAGGACAUACCGAUUCAAUUGUGACAUUUACUUUUCCUGACGAACUUACGGUAUGGAGCCAGUUUGUGAGGAUAAGCUUUCCUGAUGAACACUUCACUGAGGAGUGGAAGAAAACUUUACUUUCAGACUUGGAAGGGAGAAUUAAACAGGAACAACCAGUUCAACAAAUUGCAGCCUACUGCCGUCACCACGACAAAUUUGAAACACUAGACCAUUCCAUUGGCAAAUCUUUUGAAAACUGUGCCAUGGAAGCAGUUAAUGCCUCAUACCAGCAGUCUGAAAGUAAUCUGCUUGAUCUGGUGUCUUCCUACAACCUGGACAAAUUUGGCAAGCUUGUGUCAGCUGUUAUCACGAAAUCAUGGCCAAGCAGCAAGAAUGGAGAACCUAUGGAUGACUUUGAUGAGGUUUUGCAUCAUGUGCUUGUGUGGUCUGACAUCAAACAUCUUUUCAACUUCAAUGGAGCAGGUGGGAAGAUCCUGGAACAACUUACUGAUGCCGCUAAGAAGUUAAUGGCUGUGGCUGACUCUGUGUUCACAAACCUUGCUGAAAACCUCCUGAAUGGAUGUAUCCUAGUUAAACAUUUGGAGCUUAUUAUAAAGCACAAGAAACAGUUUAUUUGCCUAUGGGAAUUACAGCAUAAGCGUCUCUCAUCCCAAGAGAAAAAAAAGCAGCAGAAUGAUCUGGAAAAAGUUCUAGUGUGGAGGAAGGAAGAAAUAGUCUCUCUAAAGAGAGAGAAAAAUUGGAUAGGAACCCUUCUGGACAUGUGCAGGAAGGUGCAGGCAUUUAUAAAAGUGGAUAUUGUUGAAGUUGAGGAGAAGUAUCACGAAAAUCUGGAUUCAAAAGAACUGGCUGAAGUUGUGGAUGUGAGGCAGCUGAACUUUCCCGUGGAGGGCACCCUAGAAACAUACUACAACCUGAGCCCAGAAUUGAAGAAGGUGGCUCAGAUUAUGCACACGUACAAGGACAGUCACAUCUUCCAGCUCUGCUGGGAGAGGGAAGCCCAAAUGAUGGUGGAGGAAGAUGAGGGUUCGGAAGAGCAGGUUAUUCCUAUACUGGAGCUUGAUGAUUUAUUCUCUUCUUGUUACCAUGAAUAUAGAAGACUGUAUAAUGAUCUGAAAUCUGGAAAGCUCACAUUUGCUGAGGUAGACACUAUAUUCAAGGAUUUUACAAGCCAUUAUGAGCAGAUCAGUGCUGACCUUCAGAUCAUGUGCAAGCUGGACCCAGUAGACAACAGAGAAUGGAUAGGACAACGGCUUCAGCAAAUCCAGCAGUACCAUGAACUGCACUUAGCUUUCGACUCUGCUAAGGUCAUUGCCAAGGUCAAAGAGGGCUUAAACCUCUCCGGUGACUUCAGAAUCCUACAAAUGUUGUUGAACUUUACGGACACUUUUGAAUCCUUUAAGAAAGAAAAACUGGACUCCAUCAGCCCUGCUCUGAUGCGUGUUAAGGAAUGGCUGCAGGGGAUCACUGAGCCCCGUCGAAGGUGCCUUGAGGAACUCGCACUCCGGAAGGACUUCAUCAGCUGGGUCAAAGAGGCUCUGGAAGAUAUCAAUGAGCUGAAGGUGUUUGUGGACUUGGCCUCCAUCUCAGCGGGGGAGAAUGACAUGGAUGUGGAUCGUGUGGCUUGUUUCCACGAUGCUGUGCUAGGCUACUCCUCCCUGCUGUAUGAGCUGAAGCGGGAGUCGGGGUUCGAGGAGUUCAUGCAGUGCUUGAAGAAGUUGUGGAAAGCCCUGGAAAGUGAUGUAACCCUGCCCAAGAAACUGCAAGAUUCUGCUCGACACUUGGAAUGGUUAAAAACAGUGAAAGAGAGCCAUGGAUCCGUGGAACUGUCAUCUUUAUCGCUAGCAACUACAAUCAACAGCAAAGGAAUAUAUGUCAUCAGGGCGCCGCCAGAGGGCCAGAAGGUUUCUCUGGACACUGUCCUGCUCCUCAGCCUCCCGGAGAGCCAUGGUGACAGUGAAGAGAUGCGACAGUACUCCCUGGAGGAGCUCCGGGAGCUGCUGAACAAGCUGAUGCUGAUGUCAGGAAAGGGAGACCAGGGCAUGGAGGUGGAGAAAUUUUCUGAGGUGUUUUCUAAUGUCCAGAGACUUGCGCUGUCCUUUAUAGACCUUUAUUCAGCUGGGAACAUGCUCUUCCGAUCCUGGAUUGCCCACGUGUACUGCUCACCCAUGAGUGAGGUGUGCAUUAGCAUGGACUUCCGUUUGAAACUUGUUCAAGAGCUUUCUGGAACAGGAGACAUGAUGGCAAUGCUCCUGGACCUCUGCAGGGAGAUGGAGAAGUUCCUAGAGAAAUGGAAAUGCUUUAUGUCUGAGAAGCGAUCUCAGUAUUUUUACCUGAAUUACUACACCUCUGAGCAGUUGGUUUACCUGUGCAGAGAACUUGGAAUGCCACAGCCCAGUGAGAAUGCCUUAAUGAUGCUCUCAUUCAUAAAACACAACUGCACCAGACAAGAUGUGCGUAUGGCCUCCAAGCACGUGGUGUCUGACAGAUCAAGAAAGAAUAUUUCUAACUUGCCGGAGCUGCUGUGCCACGAGGGAGACCUGACAACACAGCUGCAGCAGGUCUGGGACUUGUACAUAGCGUGCAUGAGCUCGUUCCUUCCGGGCUGUUGGGAUAUUGAUACCCUCGGCAGCUGUCUGGCCAGUCUGGCUGAUUUGGAGAAGGAAAGUGUCACUCGAGUUCUCCCACGAGGCCUGCAUGUUGGCAGGCCCAACCUCGUCAUCUGCCCUCGCUCCGACGUGCUGACUUCAGCACUGGCCAUCUACAUGAACAGUCCACACCAGGCCCUGCCCACUUACGCUGAGGUGCUCUUGUGCACCCCAGAGACAGACAUUGAGCAAGCAGGGCUCUUCCUGCGGCGAUGCCUCACGCCAGGCUGCAAAGGGGAGAAGAUUUACACCAUGCUCUAUGCAGAUGAGCUGAGCUAUGAUGUCAGUUACAGGCUGGAGAAGCUGUUCCAGAGCCUGUGCAGGCAGCUCCACCAGGACAACUAUCGCCUAGUGAUCCUGUGUGACUGUGAGAGAGAGCACAGCUACAUCCCUUCCGUCUUCAGCCAGUACAAAGUGCACAUGAUACCCCAGGAGCAACUACAGGACAUCCAGACGUACCUUCGGAACCAUUACAGAGUCACACAUCCUGCAGGGUCAGCAGCUUCUGUGUUCAAUGACAACAUGUGUGUUGGGAUCGUGUCCUCUAAAAGAGCUGGAGUAGGAAAAUCUCUGUAUGUGAAGAGGCUAAAUGAAAAACUGAAGACAAAACUACAUGAUACUAGCGUGCCUCUAAAAACCAUCAGGCUGAUUGAACCGCACGUGGAUGAAGGCAAAGUGCUGAGAUCUCUCCUGUCCUUCCUGCACUUGCAGUACCAGCAAAAACCCAUGAUAUUCCAUUUUGAUAUCACCUCAUCAGUCCAGAGUAGAAUUUCAGAGUUUCUUUUUAAGCUGUUAGUUUUACAGUAUCUGACAGACACUGAUGGGAAAAUGUGGCUACGUCAGCAGUGCCAUUUGUAUGUCGUUGAAAUUCUUGACGUACCUCCAGCACCUAAGAAACCGUCAAGAUUUGUUUCACAUGGACAGAAGUAUAAUUUCCUUGAUGUGUUCCCCAAAAUAACUUGUAAGUCUCCCAAGGAGGUGCUGGAUAUGGGUCUGCAAAGAGACCCAUCUGAGUACUGCUCAGAACCUGGAAUGGAUCAGAAGGAGUUUUGCAGUGAGGCCUUCCAGAGACCUUUCCAGUACUUGAAACGAUUUGAUCGUGGGGAUAAUCUUGAUAUGUUCUGCUAUGAAGAAGGCUCUGUUGAAGGGACCCCAGUGGAGUGCCUACAGCUGUUCCUGAUACAUUGUGGGGUGAUAGAUCCCACCUGGUCAGAACUGCGAAACUUUGCUUGGUUCCUGAAUGUUCAGUUGAGAGACUGUGAAGCUUCUGUUUUCUGUAACCCUGCCUUUGUCCAGGACACUCUGCAGGGUUUCAAAAAUUUUGUGGUCUCCUUCAUGAUUUUAAUGGCAAGGGAUUUUGCAACACCCACAUUAAACAUUUCUGAUCAGAGCCCAGGGAGGCAAAUUUUUGACAUGAAAGGAGUCACGGAAGAGGAUCUUAUUCCUUUCCGCAUUCGGAAAAAGUGGGAGUCUGAGCCCCACCCAUAUAUUUUCUUCAACGAAGACCGCGUAUCCAUGACAUUCAUUGGCUUCCAUCUGCAGACCAAUAAUAAAGGUGGCGUUGAUGCCAUUAAUCCCAUGAAUGGCAAUAUCAUCAAGAAAGACGUAAUGACUGUACAGCUGUACAGGGGAUUGGUACUUCAGAGAGUUCCCUUCAAUAUUAACUUCGAUCAGUUGCCCAGAGGUGAGAAGCUGGAGAAACUUUGCUUGGUUUUGGGAAUUCAGUGGCCAGUGGACCCUGAUGAAACCUACGAGCUGACAACAGACAAUAUACUCAAGAUUUUUGCUAUUGAGAUGCGAUUCAGAUGUGGCAUUCCAGUUAUUAUCAUGGGGGAAACGGGUUGUGGGAAAACAAGGCUUAUAAAAUUCCUGUGUGAGCUGCGCAGGAGUGGUGUUGAUGCAGAGAACAUGAAACUUGUGAAAGUUCAUGGAGGCACAAGUGCGGACAUGAUAUAUGCCAAGAUCAGGGAAGCAGAAGACAUAGCUAUUUCCAAUAAGCGGCAACAUCAGUUUGACACAAUCCUGUUUUUUGAUGAAGCCAACACGACUCAAGCUGUCGGCAGCAUCAAGGAAGUUCUGUGUGACCACACGGUAGAAGGGCAGCCUUUGGCCAGUGGCUCGGGUUUGCAGAUCAUUGCAGCGUGCAACCCUUACCGUAAGCACACAGAAAAGAUGAUUCAGCGACUGGAGUCAGCUGGUCUAGGCUACCGUGUAAAAGCAGAUAAGACCAAAGAUAAACUUGGCUCCAUUCCACUGAGGCAGCUUGUGUACCGUGUCCAUGCUCUCCCUCCAAGCAUGAUCCCUCUGGUGUGGGAUUUUGGGCAGCUGAACGAUAUCACUGAAAAAAUAUACAUACAACAGAUUGUACAAAGACUUACUGAGUUGAUACAAAUAUCUACCACUGAAAUUGGGGUAAUAACAGACGUGCUUUUUGUCUCUCAGAGGUACAUGAGAGGAAGAAAUGAUGAAUGCAGCUUUGUCAGCCUCAGGGAUGUGGAGCGCUGUGUCGAAGUUUUCAAGUGGUUUUACAGCCACAGUGAGCUUCUGCUAAAUAAUCUGGAGCAGCAUCUUGCAGAGAAGGGGUCUGAUAAAUGUAAAUUAAAGAGAAACAGAGUCAUCUGGUCCUUAGUACUUUCAGUCGGUGUUUGCUAUCAUGCAUCCUUGGAAAAGAAAGAAUUGUACAGAAGUGUUAUCUGUGAGUACCUUCCAAAACCUUAUGAUAGCCAGAAAGGGAUUCUAGAAGAAAUCAGCCUAAUGCAAGAUCUGUUCUUGAGUGGCGUGCCUCUAAGAAAUACCAUAGCGAGGAACUUAGCCUUGAAGGAAAAUGUCUUUAUGAUGGUCAUCUGCAUUGAACUUAAAAUCCCUCUGUUUCUUGUUGGAAAGCCUGGGAGUUCCAAAUCCCUUGCCAAAACCAUCGUGGCUGAUGCCAUGCAAGGGCAGGCUGCUUAUUCUGAUCUUUACAAGGAAAUGAAACAAAUCCAUUUGGUGUCCUUCCAGUGCAGCCCCCACUCCACUCCUGAGGGAAUCAUCGGUACCUUCAAGCAGUGUGCUCGCUUCCAGGAUGGAAAGAACCUGAAGGAAUAUGUCUCUGUGGUGGUGCUCGAUGAGAUUGGGCUAGCAGAAGACUCUCCAAAAAUGCCCCUGAAGACCCUGCACCCACUCCUGGAAGAUGGUUGCAUUGAUGAUGAUCCGCUUCCUCACAAAAAAGUUGGUUUUAUUGGGAUCUCCAACUGGGCCUUGGACCCCGCCAAGAUGAAUCGAGGUAUCUUUGUGUCACGUGGCGAUCCCAGCAACAAAGAGCUCAUAGAAAGCGCAAAGGGGAUCUGCUCUUCAGAGCGCAUCAUCCUGCAGAGAAUCGAAUGCUACUUUCCCAUCUUCGCGGACGCAUACGAAAAGAUUUGCAAGACCCAAGACAGAGAGUUCUUUGGGUUACGUGACUACUACAGCCUCAUAAAAAUGAUUUUAGCUUUGACUAAGGCCUCAGAAAGACAGCCCACAGCUUGUGACAUAGCACAAGUUGUUCUCCGUAACUUCAGCGGCAAAGAUGACAUCAAUGCCUUGGACAUAUUUACAUCUAGGAUCCCAAAAGAAGGAGAAAUACACGCUGAUGAUGUCAGCACCAUUGAUCUGGUCCGGCAGAAUAUUUGCAGCAACAGUCAGGAUGGUGAGUGCAGAUACCUGCUGGUGUUAACUGAAAAUUAUGCAGCACUGCAGAUCCUCCAACAGGCUUUUUUUGCCGAAAGACAGCAGCCAGAGAUUAUCUUUGGCUCCAGCUUCCCCAAGGACCAAGAGUACACCCAGAUCUGCAGGAACAUCAACCGUGUGAAGAUCUGCAUGGAAACAGGGCAGAUGGUUGUCCUCCUCAACCUGCAGAAUCUCUAUGAAAGCCUGUAUGAUGCCCUCAACCAGUAUUACGUGUACCUUGCUGGCCAAAAGUACGUUGACUUGGGCUUGGGGACUCAUCGAGUGAAAUGCAGAGUGCACCCAAAGUUCCGUUUGAUUGUGAUUGAAGAGAAGGAGGUAGUGUACAAACACUUUCCCAUCCCACUGAUCAACAGGCUUGAGAAGCACUACCUGGAUAUCAAUACUGUCCUGGACAAAAGGCAAAGAGACAUUGUGGGGGAGCUAAAGAAGUGGGUGAAUGACUUCAUAGCCUUUGAUACAGAGAAGCACCUCAUGGGCAGGCAGGAAUAUAGCCCUUCUGAAGUCUUCAUUGGUUACCACUCUGAUACCUGUGCCUCGGUCAUCCUGCAAGUGACAGAGAAGCUGAAGCAGAGGUACCAACCUGAUGAACUGAUGGCAAAUGUGCAACAAGAAGCCCAGCUGGUGCUGCUGAACUGUGCAACACCAGAUUCUGUAGUUCGCCUGGGCAGUUCACGGCUGAGCUCCUGUGUGGCAGAUCAUCUGGCCAACAAAUACUUUAAAGAGCAGCAGCACACUUCGCUUGCGGAUUUCCUCCAGGCUCACAUCCAUGCAGAGUCCAGACAUUGCACAGUCUUCACUGAGAUCACCACUUUCUCCAGGCUUCUGACAGCCACUGACUCUGAGUGUUUGAAGGCAGAAGUGCAGGGUAAGGUUCAGAGUCUCUCCAUCCGGUCCUGGUCCCUUCAGCAGUUCGACACAGAGCACUCAUUCCUGAAGGAGAUUCGGAAUUUCCUUGAUUCUACGUCAGGAAAUAAAAUCCUAAUUAUUCAGACUGACUUUGACGAUGGUUCUCAAAGUGCCCAGCUCAUUGCCUCAGCCAAAUACUCAGCUGUUAAUGAAAUCAACAAGGUGGAGUUGGGAAAAGUCUCAGUCUUUGUCUACUUUAUCACUAAACUGUCACGGAUAGAAGGUGGAACCUCUUAUGUGGGAUUCCAUGGAGGGCUGUGGCAGUCAGUGCACAUUGAUGACCUCCGCAGAUCCAAGGACAUGGUCUCUGAUGUGACUGCCCUGAGGAACCUCACUAUCAGCCAGCUGUUCUGUGAGGAUGUGGACAGGCCUGAACCUAUGAUAGUGAAUGGAGAGGAGCAAGAGGAGGAGAUGGAGGUUGAAACAGCAGCGUCUGAAGCAGAGGAAUGUGAUAGCCAAGUCCUGGACACCACCACGCUCCUGAGGAGCUGCGUGCAGAGUGCGGUGGGAAUGCUACGGGACCAAAAUGAGGUCUCCUGCCGUAGUACAAAGAGGAUCGAGAUUCUUCUUGGCCUUCUGUCUAAAGAAGAUGGUUUGAAAGCCUCCUUCCUGAAGAUAGUGAAGAAUCGUCUCUUCAGCCUCUUGAAGAAACAAGAAGAAAAUUCCUUUAACUUGAAGGACUGGGUGCUGCGGGAGGCUUCGAACCUUAACGCCCUCCAGGAGGCUGGGACUUUCAGACACACCCUGUGGAAGCGAAUCCAGAAUGUGGUGACUCCGUUCCUGGCUCAUAUGGUGUCACUCACAGACAGAGAUUGCAACCUGGAGUUAUUGGUCAGGCCGAAUACAGAGGGCUGCGUGAAAAAUCUAUGGAUGUUCAUCUUCAGUGAUUUGAACCUUCUGAGCAUCCCUUACAACGUGGGUAACAGCAGCUCUCAGACAGAGACGAUUCUGGUGCAGAACGACAUGAAGGUGUUCGCAUAUGCUGGCAAUGAAAUGCCCUUCAGCGGGAGGAUAAAGGAUUAUUUGGAAGAGCUGUGGUUGCAGGCUCAGUACAUCCCAGGCACUGAAGGCCAUACAGAGAAGUUUGUGGGUAUCUUCCAGAAGACUCCACUGGGCGAGUUUAUUUCAAGUCUGGCUGAGGAAGAAAGGAGCAUGCUCUUCCACUGCUAUGUCAGAGACUUCAUCCUCCUGACCAUAGGCAUGUCCUCUCCUGAGGAGUUACAGUUUCUGCAACUCGCCCUCUUAUCGUGCAUUGAGGAACUGAAGGCAGCAUCUAUAGGUGGAGAGGAAAAGAUGGUUUCCCUGCCCUGGGUCCACCUUGGGUACCAUCAAUUUAGGAGCCGGCUGCAGAACUUCUCCAGGAUCCUGGCUGUGAACCCCAGUGUCCUCAAUAGUCUUCUCUACCAGGCUGAGAAAGGAAGCACUUCGUCACCUUCUGAGAUGGUUCUGGAUGUGUUUGCUGCAAUGGCUUGUGCUGAGAUGCUGGAGGAUCAGGUGUUGAAGUCCAGGCCACAGAUUUGGCUACAGCAGGUGAAGAAUCUUCAUAUGCCCAUUGAACUUGUCUGCAUGGAGAGCGGUUCUAAGGAUAGCGGAAGUCAGUGCCAUCAACUGCUCCAGGAAGUCAAGCUUCGGUGGAAUCAAGUCUUCUCUAUGUCCCUCUUUGUGGAACAUAUGCUGCUUGGGACUGAGUCCCUGCUUCCAGAAUUGCAGGAUCUGGUAAAGAGACACAUCUUGCUGCUAGGCAAUUGUCUUCAGUGGGACUCUGACAUUAAGACUCAUAAAACGUUCAAUGCAGUGAUGAAAGUGCUGUGCCGAUGUAAGGAGGAAGCCAACGCAACUAUUUGCAAAUAUGGUCUGAAGCCAUGUCCGAUCUGCCUGGAAGACCCUAAGGAUCCAGUCAACCUGCCUUGUGAUCACGUCUUCUGUCAGAGUUGCAUCAAACAGUGGCUGACACCGGGGCAGAUAUUCUGUCCAUACUGCAAAGUUAACCUGCCAGAUGACUAUAGUGUAACCAUCUCCCAGGAGCUCAGUGUUGCAAUAAAGAGGAAUGCCCAGUUCCGUCAGAUGUGCAAUAGCUUCUUCAUAGACCUGGUUUCCACCAUGUGUUUCAAAGAUAAUGAACCCCCAGAGAAAGCAGUGAUCUGGGAGCUGCUCAAACUGCUGUUUGUUCACCGGGAGCCUUGGAGAAUAGGCCCAACAAAUCACCGCACUGUAUACACAAAAUUGCUGUCCCCAUUUGACGACGUGGUGGAUAAGACUCCUAUCAUCCGCUCAGUGGUGCUGAAGCUGCUUUUGAAAUACAGCUUCAGUGAUGUGAAAGCCUACCUGCAGGAUUACCUGGUGCAGGUAGAGCUGUGCCAGAUCCUGGACAAAGAUGACAAGACAGAACUUUACACACUUUUUGUCAAUUGUUUGGAGGAUUCAAUGUACGAAAAGAUUGGAGCCUGCGCUCAGGAAGACCAAAUCAACCAUCUGCGGGAAGACGGACGCUUUCUGGAGAGCUAUCUGAAGAGGAACAACCAAGAAACUGUUCGGGAGUCCUCGAUUGAGUACCUGCAGGGGGUGGCCAGGGUCCGGCUGUGCCUGGAUAGGGCUGCAGAGCUGCUCUUGGAAGCGCAGAGACCUAAAGAGUGGGAUAAGGCAGUAGACAAGCAGCAAUACCUUCAGAAAGUAAUGAGGUUCUGUAGGCUGGCUGGGAAUGACUGGUACCGAGUUUACCUGGUCCGAAAGCUGGCUAACCAGUAUGGGAUGGAGUUUGCUCAGAAGCUUUCAGAUGAGAGUCAGUUUCAUUGGGUAUUCCCAGCGGAAAUCAUUCAACAGCAGAGUGACCAGCCUAGUCAGAUUGAUCGGUACUUGGUAUGUGGCGAGAACUACAGAGUCCUGCGUGAUGCUGUGGGAAAAGCAAUGAUUGAGUGCAAGACGAAGGGCGUUGCAGAAGCACAGAAGGCAUGUAACAGCUCUGAGUCUGCACAAGCUGUUCACCUGCUCUUGGCUAUUUUCAGGGAACUCACUGCUCUAUAUGGAUGCAGGAACACAAGCCUCCACCCCAAAAAGGAGCAAUGUGAUGCUAUGAACAAGUUCAUCCAAAGCUCCAAAGCCCUGAAUUCUCCAGCCCUGAAGCAGUUUGCAGCAUCUCUUGUGACAAACAGUCUCCCAUCACUGGCAGUGAGUCCGCAACACUUCAGCCCCAGCGGGGCACUGAUUGAAAUAAUCGUUCACACUGCAGCCCUCUUACUGUGCGGGCAGAAUCGAGUCCUCAAACCGCUGAGGAACCUGGCCUUCUCUCCUGCCACCAUGCAGAAUUCUUUUCUGCCCACAAUGCCUGAAGAUAUGAUGAUUCAGGCUGUGAAAUGGGAGGGAAUGAAGCAGCUGCGCUGGUAUGUGUGUCCAAAUGGCCAUCCCUGCACUAUUGGAGAGUGUGGUCGUCCCAUGGAACAGAGCCGGUGUGUUGAUUGCAAUGCUCCGAUCGGAGGUUUACAACACAUUCCUGUCCAUGGCUUUCAGGGAGUCCAACAUUUCACAGACAGAACUCAAACUGGCCAUGUGCUCGGGGAUCCCAGAAACAGAGAAGCAAUGGUAGCAUCCGAGAGGGAGAUGUCCCUGGUUGUCUUCAUUGUGAUUCGCUUGCUCACUCACUUGGCAAUGCUGCUGGGAGCCACAAAAGAUGCGCAGUCUUUGCGAAGAAUCCUAAAGCCGCCAGUGCAGGAUCCAGUAGGCUUCCUCCAGCAGCACAUUGAGAAGGACCUGGAGCAGCUGACAAAAACUCUGGGAAAGAGUGCUGAUGAGACCAUCAACGUAGUUCAUCUCAUCCUGUGCAGCCUCCUCAAGGAGCCCCACCAGCACCCAAACCAGUGGCCAGUUCGCUUUGAUGACGCACUCUCCACUAAGGAGCACAGAAAUGAAUGGGAAAGAAUUGUCGCAAACACCGUUAUUAUUCCUGAAUUAAAGGAAUUGGACAAAAUUCUUACAAAGUUAAAUAAACAAAUCAGUGACGAUGAGAGAAUCUGUUCCAACCCAGUGGCGAAAAUAGUGUACGGUGACCCCGUGACCUUCCUGUCCCAGCUACCCAAGGACAGCACCAUGCAUUGCUCGCGGAUGUGGAGCUGCAGGAAGAGGAUCUCAGUUGAGUACCUGGGGCAUGUAGUCCAGCAGAAGGAUGGCAAGGACAUUGUGCCCAUCCUCUGGAAGUUCCUGCAGAAGGAAGCUGAACUGAGGCUGGUUAAGUUUUUACCAGACAUCCUGGCUCUGCAGAGAGACUUGGUGAAAAGAUUCCAGAAUAUUACAGAUGUGGAACACCGCACAAUCAGAGACUUUGUCUCUAAAUUCCACUCAGAUGAGAUGAGGAAUCUGUGGCAAAUCAGAGUGAACACAUUUCUCUCUGUGUGGAACAAGCUGAGAAGAUCGUUAGAUACCAAUGGUGAAAUUAAGCUUCCCUCAGGCUAUUGUGAUGCUGACUUGACCCUAGACAGUGAGUUUGAGAACCUUCUGCCACGCAGACAGGGUGUGGGCCUGUGCUCCACAGCCUUGGUCAGCUACCUCAUCAGCCUGCACAAUGACUUCAUCUACACAGUGGAGAAACACACAGCAGAAGCCAACAGCUACUCCAUCAGCCCUUCGGAGGUGGCUGAUCUGCAUGUGAUCAGUUAUGAGGUGGAGAGAGACCUGAUCCCUCUGAUCUUGUCCAAUUGCCAGUACAGCGUGGAGAAAGGCGGGGAGACUCUGCAGGAGUUCAACCUGGAGAAGAUCCAGCAGCAGGUCACCAGCAGGUUCCUGCAGGGGAAGCCGCUCAUCACCCUAGUGGGAAUACCCACCCUGGUGUACAGACAUGACCGGAAUUAUGAGCAUCUGUUUAAUGACGUAAAGAGCAAACUCAGUCAGAGCUCUCUCCCCAACUCUAUGAUCAACAUGAUCAGUGGGGAACUGCAGUCCUACAAUGACAUCUGUGAAGCUCUGUCCGUUGCUGAAAUCACGCUGGGUUUCCUGGCCAUGGCUGGAGAGGACCCAGAUAUGCUUCUGACCCAUUACGUUGAAGUUAUUUUGCAGAUGGGGAAUCAGACAAGCCCUCAUGUGCUGAAGGCCCUAAGCCGAUGUCGCCUAAAGCACAUCAUAGCCCUGUGGCAGCUCCUCUCUACUCACAAGUCUGAGCAACUGCUGCGUCUCAAACGGGAUCCCUUUGUGGAUGUUGAUACAGCCUAUAAAGCUGAACUCAGUUCAGAGAACACCAAGCUCCUCAACACCUUCCUCAUUCAGGCCGGGCUGGAGACCUUCCUGCAGGAGCUGCACGAAAUGAUCAUCCUGAAGUUGAAACAUACCAAAGUUGGAGAUGAGCUCAACCCCUUGUGGAGCCUGAAGGAUACACUUCUUUCGUACAUUGAAAGGAAAGGGAGCAGCGUACUUCCAGAGCUGGAGGAUAUGUUCCCAGAAGAGAUUCUGCUCUCUCAUUGUAUUGCUGCCUGGAAAGCUGCUGCUGUCCUCAAAAGGGAUCGUAGACUAAGUUAACAUAGUAGAGGAUCCUGCAAACACUGCUUUUUACACGAGGUCACUGGAGGAGCAGCAUUGGGUCUAUGUAAGCCCUGCUCAUUGCACUGAUCUUCCUUCCUGUACAAGGUGCCACAAACACGUCAUGUCAAUGAGAUCUUGAAAGUAACCUCUCUCUUACACUGGACUCAGGACCAAAAUGUGAUGCACAAGCAUAAAGGAUUUUAUGCAUCAGAAGCAGAAGGACUGGGGGGAAACAAAUGUAUAUACAAAUAUGUGCUAUUUCUUGAGUGGGCAAAGCAGAGAUGGAAACACCGUUCAUAGGGAGGCGUGGUGAAAAUUCAUGUAUCCUUUUAAGGAUAAAAAAGCCAUCAUCCUUCAGUGACCUGGGCGGGGUGGAGUUGGGGGGUAUCGAAGUGUCCUGUGAGCUACUUGGACAACCCCAGUAGAGGCAUGCUCUGUUCUCCAUGUUUUCUGUAGGCACUGUUCCAGUUCACAUGCUCCCGUACUGCCAACCUUUUCCUCUUUAGCUGGAUGAAAAACAAAUGUAGUCCUCCCUCAUCCAGGUCUCAUAAGCUUCCCUGCUGCAAUACUACCCAAGCUGCCUUCCUAUGUCUAAAGGGUCACAUUGGCUCUCUGAGCAUUACAGCUUUAUUCCUGCUCUACCAUUCCAUGAGUCCAGGGGUAUCAGUUACCAGAGGUCAGUUAACUUCCUCUUUGCAUAACACAUACAAGAAAAAACAGUACGUUUCAAAGCUCACCACGGAAGUUUUUCUUGUAACUGCCUUAAAGUAAAACAUUAAAAGGCAAUGUGGCCCAAAUCCCACACCACAGGACAACCUAGUGGUCCUGAAUUACUACCUCCACUACUCCUCCUCCCCCCCGAAAGGUACCAUACAUUUGCAUCAGAAUGGUGCUGCCAGGCUAUUUCUGCCACGUGUGUGUGCUGGCAGAUGUGCAUGUUGGAGUUGAGAGAGCCACUUCACUCUUGUGUCUCAGGCACAUUUUCUGGAUAGUAUGGACUCUCCAUUAGGGAUUUAGUUGUCAUCUUAGCUGAUAUUGAACAACCAUAAUCAGACUAUUAAUAGGGAAAACAGAAAUGUAAAUGUCAUUGGUCUGUGCUGCUUUCCCCAUAUACAUUUCUUGUGUGUCUGACUUAAUGCUUUUCAGUGCUGCCUUUCUCUAGCAGGAAUUAUCUGCAACUGUCAGUGUCGCCUUGCUUUCCUGAUAUCACAGAAGAGUCAUUUACAUACGUAGUUAGGACCAUGUUUCCAUUUAGAAAAGUUCCUUCUGGGCCAGAAGUUUGUACUUUAUAGCCAGAAUUUCACUCAGGAGCAAGUUUCUGAUCAAAUGUAACAAAAUCCAGAUCUUUGCUUAUUUACCAGAUAAACAACAGGGAUUUUUUUUUGGUUUUUUUUAGACGGACCUUCAAAAUGAGAAUCUUUAACCACAUUUGAUAGAUUUGAUCCCAUUAAGGUCUAUCCAAUAAAUAGUGCAGGUCCACAAAUAUGGAUUUCACUAGGUGAAUAAAUAUGCAUCCUAAAAACACUGGAAUAUGAAUUCUCACUAGGAAAGGGUCCCCCUCAUCCUCUUAUCGAGAGAAUUUACAAGCUCUGCACUCCCUCUGUUCCCUGCCAUUUACUUGAUCUGUUGCAGCAUUAAUAUUUUAACAAAUAUUUGGGAUAAUUUGAAAUGUAAAGUUAAUCAUGAUGGUUUGCCUAUUGGAAGCAGUAAGGAUUCCAUUUAUAUUUGCAGUAUUUCCAUCUCUUACUGCACAGUUAAUGUUUUCAAGUUGCCUUUUAAAAAGAAAAUAAAAAGAUACCUCAGGGUCUCAGUUUGGACAGAGCCCAAACUAACUUCCUAGCAGCAAGCAUUAGGUGACCUUUUCUAGUCACUGUUUUGUUGUUGUUUCUAGCUUUAAGGUGCCUUAGCUGUAACAAUUUACUUAAGAACAUCUAACAUGAUUCCCUUUAUGCUUCAUUGAGUUGCUUUUUUUGAAAGAUUUGAUUAUUUUUUGUAUUUUUCAUUUAGUCUUAAUAAACUUGAUCAGAUAAGUUACAAC